CUUUUCUUCGGUAGUCAGCCGUGGCAGUUUGUGUUCAAUGGUCGAGUUCAAAGAAAUGUAAAGUGCCGGCAGUGUAUAUAAAUUUUUACUACUAGCUAUUGAUAAAAGCUAAUGUGGUAAUAAUUACAGUGCUGUGUAGUUGCGGUGUAGUGAUGAUAAAGAGGAAUAUUUUUGGCAUUUUUAAUUGGAAUUACCGAUUGCGAAUAGUUGAAGGAAGAUGAAGUCACUACCGAACAGUAUUGCCAUAUUUUUUGGGACAAUUUUCGUUUGCUAUACAGGAUGCAGUGCCAACUUACCCCCCGUGUUCUCGAUGGACAUAAACAAUUUAGCCUUAUCAGAAAGAACUCCAGUAGGUAGCGUUGUUUAUACUUUAGAAGGAUCAGAUCCAGAGAAUAGUAGUGUACAUUUUAAUCUCGAAGGAACUGACGUUUUAAAAGUUAAUCGCAACACUGGAGCAGUUACUGUUGUUAAACCUCUGGAUUAUGAGACAAAUUCCACUUUAAACGUGAUUGUGAGUAUUGAGGAUGAAGUUGAAGGUGGCAGAAAUAACAUGGUUUCAGUUCCUGCCAAUAUUAUUAUCUUAGAUGAGAAUGACAAUGCUCCGGAUUUUAUAGAUGCACCUUACGAUAUCCUCGCACACGAAGAUACUAUAAUAGGUACAACAAUUUUCUCGAAAAUCCUCGUCGAAGACAAGGACACAACCGGUGCCAAUUUAGAAGUAGAAUGCAUCAAGUUGCCUGAAUAUCAAAACGCUUGUGAAAUUUUUGAAGUAGAGACACUCCAGUCGGCCCAGGAUUCCUACCAUGGUGCUAUAGUUUUAAGAAGGAAACUCAACUACACACUACAAGACAAACAUCAAUUUCUGCUAAAGGCCACUGAUGGAGAGCUGAGUAGUAGUACGAGCGUUACUGUUAACAUUGGGGAUGUUCAAGACACUCCGCCUCGUUUCAUCGGUAACUUAGUCGCGGAAGUAAGUGAAAACGCGACUAUUAACAGUCUGGUCAUGACGAUCCAUGCAGAAGACGGAGAUAGAGGGGUUCCAAGGAAGAUCGUUUAUGAACUCAUUAAUAAUCCUAUGGAUUAUUUUAUUUUGGACGCUGUUACCGGAGAGUUGCGGACUGCUAGACCCUUGGAUAAGGAAGCCGUCGAUAAUCCAGAAGGCAUAUUAACUCUUAACGUUAAGGCUCACGAGCUCGUUGACGGAAUUAAAGGCACUGAUCCGUCGACUGUGACAAACGCCGAAGUGCUAAUAAAAAUUAAAGACGUGAAUGACGAACCACCAACAUUCAACAAACGCGAAUACUUCGUCCAAAUUCCCGAGAAUAUCUCCGAAGGUUCACCUUUGCCAGGCUUAGAAAUGAUAGUAACCGAUCCAGACGAAGGAAACAAUUCGGUUUUUUCUUUACAACUAAACGACAUAUCGUCUGCAUUUUCAAUCGAACCGAAAACGGUGAUCGGUACAUCCGCCGUCACAAUCCGGGUCGCCAACAGUUCGCUGGAUUAUGAAGACUUGAAUCAGAGAAAAUUCAUCAUCUUGGCUUUGGCCAAGGAACUCUACACUGAGGAAAAAUUGUCGUCCACGGCCACUGUCACGGUCUCAGUGACCGAUAUUAACGAUAAUGCCCCAACUUUCGAUCAAGACGGAUACUCGACGGCAAUUUCGGAAGUCUCUUCGCCUGGAACUCCAAUAAUAACAAUAACAGCUCGCGAUAGAGACAGCGGGAAGUUUGGCGAAGACGGCAUUUUUUACCAUAUUUCAGGCAGCGGUAGCGAACGGUUUGUUGUUCACAACAGGACGGGGACCGUUGCUGUCGCCGACUGUGAUCAUCCCGGGAAGAAACCGUGUCUGGAUUUCGAGGACAAGGCGGAAUAUCAUUUGCAGUUUAUCGCGACGGACGACGAUGGUAAGGGCCAAACCACGAAAGUGCCUUUAAAAAUCCUCCUCACUGAUAAUAAUGACAACGCUCCCGUAUUCACCCAAUCGAUAUAUCGGGCUUUUAUUAACGAGGGGGCCGUUAGGUUCGAUCCGGAUCUUAUAAUCGAAGCAGUAGAUGCCGACAAAACGUCUCAUGUUACUUAUUCGAUUAUUUCCGGCAACAAUGAAGGCUUGUUUAGCAUCGAACCCAAUUUGGGCAAAAUCAGAAUUUCAAACAGUAAAGGAGUUGACGUUAGUAACGACACCGAAAACGUUAUUUUAUUGACUGUAAUGGCAAGUGAUGGUACUUUUACAACUACAUCCCUAGUUAACAUCACUAUAAGAGACGUCAAUAACAACCAUCCCAUCUUUACGAAAGAGAAUUACGUUGUUGCUAUAGGUGAAGAUGUCUCCAUUGGAUCAAGCAUCAUCCAAUUGCAAGCUAAUGAUAUGGAUACGGGAUCAAACGCCGAAAUCGAAUACUACAUUCAAAAGGGAGCUUACGACGACUUUCAAAUUGAUAACACAACAGGUGUUAUUGUGGUCUCAUCCAAACUGGAUUUCGAUCGACGAAAUACUUACAAUAUUGAAAUUAUAGCGAGAGAUCACGGAGAACCUGCUCUCACUGGAACCACAACUCUGACUGCAAACAUUAUCAAUACAAACGACAAAAUGCCAUAUUUUGUACCAACUACACAAAAAGCUGAAAUUAUGGAAGAUGCUCCAGUCGGAACUGUAGUUCAUACACUAAUCGCCUUAGAUCCCGAUGUUAACUCGACGGAAGCUUUGAAUUUCGCUGCGACUGAACCUAUUACGGCUUUGGAUAAGCAUGGGAAUGAAGUUUUUAAUGAUGAUGUUUUUCGUAGCUUUUUUUCGGUCGAUAAAACUACCGGAAAAGUUACGGUAUUGAAUAAACUUCAAAGGGACGUCGCGGCGAUCAUCAGGAUUACAGUUCUGGUGACGGAUAUUACGGCUCCAACGGUGCAACAAGGAGAAGGCUUAUUGAUCAUCACGAUCACCGACGUAAACGACUCACCACCGGUGUUUUUGCCUCCUUGGACUCCAGAAACCCCUAUUUAUACUCUCGAACUAAAAGAAGAACAACCCGUUGGAACGAUUGUUGCAACUUACAAAGCGAUCGAUGAUGGUUCAGACAUCGCCGGUUACGCUAUUCUCCCUGAAAAUGAAAAUUUCGAAAUCAACAACGGCACUGGAAUAGUCCAGAUUAAGAAACAAAUUGACUAUGAAAAAACGCCGCAACUAAAUUUCACAAUCCUCGCUUUCGAUUCCGGUAUUCCCCAACUAAAUACUUCGGCGACUGUGUUUGUCAAAGUUAUAAAUCUCAACGACAACGAUCCUAUUUUCUCGGAAAAAAAUUAUAAAGCGAGCAUCUAUGAAAACUCGCCGAACGGUACUUUUGUCGUGAAAGUUAAAGCGACAGAUGCCGACUCCGGGGAUUACGGAAAACUAAAUUAUGAAUUGACGGGAGAGCAUAGUGAGAAUUUCGAAAUAACACCGGAUACGGGGGUUAUCAGCGUAGCCAAUUCGAAUUUCUUGGAUCAUGAAAAGAUCAACGAAACGGUGAUUCAGGUUGUGGCGAGUGAUGGGGCCCCACAUAAUUUUAAAAGAUCGGUCACGGUGCCUGUUAAUAUUAACAUCUUGGAUGUUAACGAUAAUGCGCCUAAAUUUAAUCAAAGCGAAUAUAACGUGACCGUAAUAGAAAACGUGAGACUGAACCCUCCACAACCAUUAUUGCAAGUAAAUGCCACUGAUGAAGAUAGUGGCAUUAACGGAAACAUUCAUUAUGAUAUUAUUGGAGGAAACGACAACGACGUAUUUUUACUCGGGGUUGAAACAGGAAUCCUCUACCCGCAUAAAUCUCUCUUAGGCCAAAAAAGAAACUUUCAUCUUAUCAUAGAAGCAAGGGAUGGGGGAGGAAACGGUCAAUUAUUUGACCGUGCGGUUAUAAAUGUACAGGUUCUGAAUGUGAACGAACAUCGACCUGACUUUAUUAUACCAUUUCUUCCCAACGCCACAGUUGAAAUAACAGAGAACGCUGCUGUUGAAAAUUAUCUAGUCAUGACAGUCAAAGCAACUGAUAAAGACGCCAACGAAAAUGGUAGAAUUACAUAUCAUCUGAAAGUUGACGGGGACAACGUCCAAGAAACGAACGAAUUUACUAUAGAUGCUAACACUGGAGAAUUAAGGAGUAAAAAAUUUUUAGACCGGGAGGAAACAUCCAAAUAUGAACUAAUUUUAGUUGCAAGAGAUCACGGAUCGCCCAAAUGGUUUGAGACUUUACGAUAUUUAACAAUUCUUUUAGUGGAUACGAAUGACAACCGGCCGGAAUUUCCGGAUUCGCAUUCAGCAAAUCCUUACCACUUUUACGUGACCGAAAAUGAUAAAAGUGGUGUCAGAAUUGGACAAGUCAAAGCUUUGGAUAGAGACGAAGGAAAUCAUGCUAAAGUCUACUACUACUUCUUGAAAGGUAACGAAAAUGGUGAUUUUCGACUUGACAAGACUGAGGGCUAUUUAUACACUAAUAAAUCAUUCGAUCGAGAAAGUCAAGACGAGUACAAUUUGUACAUCCUCGCAACUAAUGAUGCAGAUUAUUAUAUUUCACCAGAAGACAAGGAAAAGUUAGACGAUGCGGAUAUAAUCCACGACAGCAGCAUAGCUAAAAUUAUAGUGACAAUAAAUGACCUAAAUGACAAUAUUCCUGUAUUUGAAAAACCUAUUUAUUACUCAGCUGUGAAUGCAAUGGCCGAAAUCAACGACUUUGUAUCAAAUGUAACUGCGUUUGAUCCAGAUUUAGGCCCAAAUGGCUCUCUGACGUAUUAUAUUAAAGCAUCGAAUUUGUAUAAAUACGGAUCUAAUAAAAGCUCGGGAUCGAUCAUACCUUCACCUUUCAACAUCACAGAUAAGGGCGAGAUUUGCACGGCCAAUUAUUUGGCUGAAAAUAAUCAACACCGAUUUGUUGUUGAUAUAAUUGCGCGAGAGAAUGCGUUCCCGGAACGAGAAGCAUACACACAAGUCCAUGUGUGGAUAUUUGAACCUGAGCAAUUAAUUCGAGUCAUUUUAUCACGACCUUCCGACGAAGUUGUAAGAGAAAGAGACGAAAUUGUAGCCGAAUUGAGCAAUGCGACUCAAAGUCUUGUCAUAAUUGACGAAAUUAGAUAUCACACAGAUGACAAUGGGUAUAAAAAUGAGGAAUGGUCUGAUAUGUAUAUUUUAGUAGUUGACCCUGUUACCCAACAUAUUUUACCCGUCCCUGAUGUACUUAAAAUCAUAGAUUCGAAAUACGACUUCUUGAAAGAUUAUUACGCCGGUUUUGCUAUUGAAAAUGUAGUUCCCGCUUUCGUAAUGGAGAAGGAAGAGUCAUUUGACCCCGCCUUAGCGGCUCUUAUUGCCCUUCUCAUAGUUCUUUUUGUUGGUGUUAUCACAUUUAUAAUUGUUUGUUGUUGUUUGAGGCAUUGGGUUAUUUCACCUACUGAUCUUAAAAAGAAAGACGCUUUGAUUAAAAAAGCCAUAAUUGAUGAUUUGAACACAACCGAAAAUCCUUUAUGGAUCGAACAGAAACUAAAAAUAUACGAGGAACAAGAAUUGACAAUGCAAGUGUUUAAUGAGCCCGAACAGAACGUUUUGGGGCGAAGAAACAGUGAUGAUUUUUUACCUGAUGAUAACACUUACGCCACUAUACAACACCCAAAUCGGCGUGGUUCGGCUCACAUUGCGUCAAGAUCACUAGCCGAUGAUUUGGCCGAUUAUGCAACUUUAUCAGGAGUGCCACACCAGACUGACAGUUCGCAUAGCUCUCUACGAGGGGCCCCAAACUUUUAUGAGGCUGCCAUGGGCUUCCAGGGCUCCACUUUCCAAGUACCAGAAAGAAUCAGCAACGAUGAUUAUGGCUCAUAUAGGACAAGAUUUAAAGGUUCCGAACUGACGAUUAAUCAGACUGGACAACCUGAAUAUGUAGCCGAACUAAUUUAGAUUUAAGUUGAAAUAUCUGUGACUAGUGUGAAAGUGAUGACAAUAGUGAUUUAUGAAGGGACUGCUAUGUAAAUACGGUUUUUAUCGAUUUUUUUCUACUUUGUGUUACAUUGGCGGUUCUUUCUGAAUCAAGACAGUUUUUCUACUUUAGGAAAAGUGAUAUCUACAAACUUUCUAUUUAAAGUUACGUACCGUUACCUGAAUACUGAGUAGACACAUCCAAUUGUAUUCACUGUUAUUCGAUUUGUGACGUAACUAUUUAAUUUUUAAAUUAAUCAGCAAGUUUUUUAAUUAGUGUUAACGACACAUUACUGAAGGCCAUAUCAGUUUCUACGUUUUUAGAGAUCUUUGUAUUGUGUUAAUGUUAGGAAAGAAUGUCUUUUUAUUUAUUUUUUUACUGUAAUUAUCGAAUGAAUAGAUUUUACACAAAUUGAAA